AGAGGCGGCGCGGGGAGCAGCGGCGUCCGAGCCGGCACCGAGAUCGCUGCCCUCCGGCGGCCCCCGCGCUCGUGGCGGAGCGGGGCUGCAAGGGAGGGAGGGCAGCGGCAGGAGGGAGGAGCGCGGCGAGCGCUGGCGAGAAUGGCGGGCAGGCCGGGGCCGAGCCGGCGGCCAGCGGCCGGGCGAGCGCUGCUGCCCGCCGUGCUGCUGUGCUUGUGCUGCCGGGCGGCGCCGGAGCGGAUCCGCUACGCCAUCCCCGAGGAGCUGGGCAGAGGAUCGCUGGUGGGGCCGCUGGCGCGGGACCUGGGGCUGAGCCCGUCAGAGCUGCCGGCACGCAAGCUGCGGGUGGCGUCUGCCGCUAAGAAGCAGCUGAAAUACUUCACCGUGAGCGGGGAGAACGGGAACUUGUACGUGAGCGAGAGGCUGGACCGGGAGCAGAUGUGCGGCGAGUCGCCGUCCUGCGCCAUCACCUUCGAGGCGCUGGUGCAGAACCCGCUCAACGUCUUCCACGUCGACGUCGCCAUCCACGACGUCAACGACAACGCGCCGGCCUUCAGCAAGGCUGCUCUCCACCUCGAUAUCGGUGAAUGGACGCUUCCCGGCGCUCGUUUUCCGCUGGAGAUGGCCCGAGACGCGGACGUGGGCAGCAACUCGCAGCUGACUUACCAGCUCAGCAGCAACCCGUCCUUCAGCCUGGCCGUCAAGGAGAGCCCGGAUGGAAGCAAGCAGCCGGAGUUAGUGCUGGAGCGCGCGUUGGACCGUGAGAAGCAGAGCUCCUUCGAGCUGGUGCUGACGGCGGUGGAUGGCGGGGACCCCGCCAGGUCCGGGACCGUGCAGGUUCGCGUCAACGUGACGGACGCCAACGACAACCCCCCCGUGUUCAGUAAAAGCAUCUACGAGGCGCGAGUGCGGGAGAAUCUGCCGCCGGGGUCGCCGGUGCUGCGGGUGCGGGCCACGGAUGCGGACGUGGGCUCCAACGCGCGGGUCUCCUACUCCUUCGGCAACGUCCCCGACGGCGUCCGCGCGUUGUUCAGUGUGGACAGCGAGAGCGGCGAGGUCAGGACGGCGGGGCCCCUCGAUUUCGAGGAGAGGAGUAAAUACAGCUUCGGCCUGGAGGCGAGGGACGGCGGCGGGCUGACGGCGCACUGCAGGGUGCAGCUAGAGAUCACCGACGAGAACGACAACGCACCCGAAAUCACGGUGCUGUCGGUGUCGAGCCCGGUGCCCGAGGACGCGCCGGCCGGCACGGUGGUGGCCCUGCUGAACGUGAACGACGCGGACUCCGGGGAGAACGGUCAGGUGUCGUGCGAGCUGUCGGGCGAGGCGCCGCUGUCGAUCGUGGCGUCGUCGGGCGGCUCGUACAAGGUGGUGACGGCGAGCGCGCUGGACCGGGAGCAGGCGGCCGAGCACCGGGUGACGGUGGUGGCCAGGGACGGCGGCAGCCCGGCGCUGUCCAGCCGCACGGCGCUGGUGCUGGAGGUGUCGGACGUGAACGACAACGCGCCGGUGUUCGAGGAGGCCGCCUACAGCGCCUACGUGGCGGAGAACAACGCGGCGGGCGCGCCGGUGCUGCGCGUGCGCGCGCGGGACGCGGACGCGGGCGCCAACGGGCGCGUGAGCUACUGGCUGGCGGGCGGCAGCGCGGGCGCGGCGCCGUACGUGUCGGUGGAGGCGCGGAGCGGCGCGGUGUACGCGCAGCGCUCCUUCGACUACGAGCAGUGCCGCGAGUUCGCGGUGGCGGUGCGGGCGCAGGACGGCGGGGCGCCGGCGCGGAGCUCCACGGCGACGGUGCGCGUCUUCGUGCUGGACCGCAACGACAACGCGCCGCGCGUGCUGUGGCCGGCGGCGGGCGCGGGGGCGGGGGCGGCGGCGGGCGCGGGGCCGUUCGAGGUGGUGCCGCGCUCGGCCGAGGCCGGGUACCUGGUGGCCAAGGUGGUGGCGGUGGACGCGGACGCGGGGCGCAACGCGUGGCUGUCGUACGAGCUGGUGCAGGCGCCGGAGCCGGCGCUGUUCCGCGUGGGGCUGCACAGCGGCGAGGUGCGCACGGCGCGGGCCGUGUCGGAGAGGGACGCGGCCAAGCAGCGGCUGGUGGCCGUGGUGAAGGACCACGGGCAGCCGGCGCUGUCGGCCACGGCCACGCUGCACGUGGUGCUGGCCGAGAGCUUGCAGGAGGCGCUGCCGGAGCUGAGCGAGCGGGCGGCGGGCGCCGACGCGCCGGCGGAGCUGCAGUUCUACCUGGUGCUGGCGCUGGCGCUGCUGUCCGCGCUGUUCCUGCUGAGCGUGGCGCUGGCCGUGGUGGCGCGGGUGCGCGGCGCCGGGCCGCCCGCCGUCCUGCGCUGCCUGGGCGCGCAGCGCUUCUCCGUGGCCGGCGCCGCUUUCCCGGCCGACUUCUGCGAGGGCACCUUGCCCUACUCCUACAACCUGUGCGUGGCGCCGGGCCGCGCCGUCGCCGAGGGCGCUUGGCUGCCGCCGCCGCUGCCCAGCCUGCCCGCGGAGGAGCUGCUCGGCGGGGAGCCCUGCGGGAAGCCGAGCCCGAGCAGCAGCGCCGGCGCGGGAGAGCCGCCCGCGGACGCCGACGCACCGCAGGUCGGAAGAAAAAUGUACAUUCUUGUGCAUCCACGGCCGUUAGGCAGUCAUCAUUGCCGUGUGGAAGCAGCACGCGAGCCGCGGGAGGCGCGCUCUGUCUCCCUGGCCGGGAUGGUCUCGGGGAGCCAGGCAGGGGCGGGCGGGAGAGAAGACGACGGCGGAGGUCCCCGCUGGACGGGACCCGCUGCCUCCGCGGCGAGUGCCGCGUCCCGGCGAGCUGCCCGUGGGGAGGCCGGGCGGGCCGCGCUCGGCAGCGCUCGGUGCCUGCAGUGCCGGGAGGAGGCUGCGGGCGCCGCUGUUGACCGAGGAGGAGCGAGAGGAAGGCCGGAGCGCUGCAGGCAGCCCCGCCCGCUGCGGCCCGGCUCGCUCGCUCUCUCGCUCGCUCUGGCUCGGGCGGCCGGGCGGUCUGCGAGCGUCCCCGCGGUGCGGAGCCGCGCUGCACCGAGGCGGAGGGGAUCGGCGGCGAGACGUUCCCGUACCCGUGGCGGCGGGCGGCGGCGGGGACCUGCCGGUGGUGCUGCGACCGAGAUGUGCGCGGCGGGGAGGCGCUGGGGCCGGCGGGAGCGAGCCCUGCUCUGGUGCGUCCUGCUGGCGGCGUGGGAGGCGGCGUGGGGGCAGCUGCGCUACUCGGUGCCCGAGGAGAUGCCGAAGGGCUCGUUCGUGGGCGACGUGGCCAAGGACGUGGCGCUGCAGCUGCCCGCGCUCCCCGACCGCGGCGUGAGCCUUGUCUGCGAAGGUAAGGCGCAGUAUUUCGCCCUGCACAGGAAGACGGGACACUUGGUGACGGCGGAGAGGAUAGACAGAGAGCAGCUCUGCCGGCUGGUGGAGAAAUGUGUGCUGCGGUGUGAGGUGAUAGUGGACGGGGAAAUGAAGGUUUACGGCAUCGACGUGGAGAUCACGGACAUUAACGACAACGCGCCCAGCUUCCGAGAGGCAGAAAAAGAAGUAAGAAUUAGCGAGACGACAGCGCCGGGAUCGCGGGUUCCCCUGUCCAGGGCUCACGACCCGGACGCGGGAGCGAAUUCGCUGCAGAGCUACGAGCUGAGCGGCGACGAGCACUUCUCGCUGGCCGUGCAGGCGGGCCCCGGCGGGGACCAGCGCCCCGAGCUGGUGCUGGCCAAGGCGCUGGACCGGGAGGAGGCGGCGUUCCACGAGCUGGUGCUGAGGGCGAGCGACGGCGGCGAGCCGGCACGGACGGGCACGGCGCGGAUCCGCGUGGCCGUGCUGGACGCGAACGACAACGCGCCCCAGUUCAGCCAGGCCGAGUACACGGUGCGUGUGCCGGAGGACGUGCCCGUGGGCUCCGUCCUCCUCACCGUCACGGCCGCCGACGCCGACGAGGGGCUGAAUGGGCACGUGAAAUACUCGUUGACGAAAACCAAGGAGUUGGCAUCGGAGAUUUUCCACCUGGACGCUGAGACGGGAUCGAUCAAGCUUGUGUGUAGCCUGGACUUCGAGGAAGCCGACUCGUAUGAUCUUGAGGUUCAAGCACAUGAUGGUGGGGCCCUUUUCGACACUGCCAAAGUCGCGAUCAGCGUGACAGACGUGAACGACAACGCGCCCGAGAUUUCUGUGCGGUCGGCGCUGAGCGCGAUCUCCGAGGACGCGCCGUCGGGGACGGUGGUGGCCCUGCUGCACGUGCAGGACCGGGACUCGGGGGCGAACGGCGAGGUGCGGUGCAGCAUCGGCGAGGGGCUGCCGUUCCGGCUGGAGAAGUCGUUUGAGGGCUACUACCGCGUGGUGACGGCGAGGGAGCUGGACCGGGAGGAGGUGGCGGAGUACAACGUGACGGUGCGGGCGGCGGACGGCGGGUCGCCGUCGCUGUGGAGCGGCGCGGUGCUGGCGCUGCGGGUGCUGGACGUGAACGACAACGCGCCGGUGUUCGCGGAGGCGCGCUACAGCGCCCGGCUGCCCGAGAACAACGCGGCGGGCGCGCUGGUGCUGACGGUGCGGGCGGCGGACGCGGACUGGGGUCAGAACGCGCGCGUGCGGUACCGGCUGUCGGAGGGGCGGGUGCGCGGCGCGCCGCUCUCGUCCUACGUGUCGGUGCAGGCGGAGACGGGCGCGCUGUACGCGCUGCGCUCCUUCGACUACGAGGAGGUGCGCGAGGUGGGGCUGUGGGUGCGGGCGGAGGACGGCGGCGCGCCGGCGCUGAGCAGCAACGUGUCGGUGCGGCUCGUGAUCGUGGACGAGAACGACAACGCGCCGCAGGUGCUGUACCCGCCGGCGGCGCCGGGCGCGGGCUGGGCGGGCGUGGAGCUGGCGCCGCGCUCGGCGGAGCCCGGGGCGCUGGUGGCCAAGGUGGUGGCGGUGGACGCGGACGCGGGGCAGAACGCGUGGCUGUCGUACGAGCUGGCCAAGGCGACGGAGCCGGGGCUGUUCCGCGUGGGGCUGCACAGCGGCGAGGUGCGCACGGCGCGCUUCCCGCUGGCCCGCGACGCGGCGCGGCAGAGCCUGGUGGUGGUGGUGAAGGACCACGGGCGGCCGGCGCUGUCGGCCACGGCCACGCUGACCGUGGUGCUGGCCGAGAGCGUGGCCGAGCUGCUCUCGGAGCUGGGCAGCGCGGCGGCGGCGCCGGGCGAGCCGGCCGGCAGCCUGACGCGCUGGCUGGUGGUGGCCGUGGCGGCCGUGUCCUGCCUCUUCCUCGCCUUCCUGCUGCUGCUGCUGGCGCUGCGCCUGCGGCGCUGGCGCCGCUCGCAGCUGCUGGCGGCGGGCAGCGGCGCCGCGCGCGGCGUCCCGGCCUCGCACUUCGUGGGCAUCGACGGCGUCCGCGCCUUCCUGCACUCCUACUCGCACGAGGUGUCGCUCACCGCCGACUCGCGCAAGAGCCAGCUCCGCUUGUCGGCCGGCAGCUGCUGCGACACCCUCCCGGCCCGGCCGCCGCCCGACGAGCCCGCGCCGCUGCUCGGCGACGACCCCGCCGCGCCCCCGGUGAGUGCCUCUGCCCGCGCUUGGCUGCCUUUCCUUCCUGCCGCUCUGGAGUUUCUCGCUGCCCCUUGCCUUCCCUCUGCGCACGCAGGCAAGGCCGGCGCAGCUGCGGGCACAGGGCCUCGGUGCGCUCCUGCCUCUCGUUCCCGCGGGGCCCGUGCCUGGCUGGCUCAUCCGGCGCUCCGGCUGCGGUGGCAGGCAGGGGCGCUGAGGGCCCCUGGCGCUCUCUCGCGGGGCUGGCGGGGGGAGGAGGCGUAGGCACGACCGCAGCAGGACAGGCGCGGGGGUGCGUGGGGGUGCAUGGUCUGGAGGGAGCGCUCGGGACUCCUGCUUUGCUCGGUAUCCACCCCCAGGCUCUGGUGAGAGCCUUGCAGAGAAUACGCCUCCCUUCUUGGAAUGCUCCCAGGCGUGAUAAUGGCGCAUGUCACAGAGAAGUGGCCUGGGGGACUGGCCCUUUGGUGAGAGGUGCUGGCACAUUAGGAGGGUCCAAGAACACCACGCGACUUGUGAGGGGCUGUUGACGAGCAUCCUGGGAGCUGUCCUAGAGCGGCUGCAGAUGGGUAUAAGACACGUCGUUUAGCCAUAGGAAUGUUAUUCCAACUGCACUGCGAGCCCUGGGAGGUCCUUCCUGUGUGUUCGCCCAUUGUCACAGUGUUUUUAACAAAUGGCUUAAUUAUGUGCUUAUUGCAAGGGCCACAACGACAGCUUUGGGGGGAGCCAACUGAGUAUGAUUUACCUGCUAAAUACCUGAAUUAGUUCCUGAGCCUAAGUGCCUUGCUCGAGAAGAGAAUGCCAUGAUCCCUU